AUGGCGCACGAACUACCCCUCUACGAACAACUCCAGAAGUUGCGUACCUAUGAAAAAUUGCAAACCUUGAAUGGUAUAACAAAGGCCCUUUCGAACGUCAGAAAAGCCGCAAGGGGAAAGAUAGAGCGCGAGGUUGGGAAAUAUGGGUAUACCUCAAAAGAAGAUAAACCUCCUUCCUCCGGUAGCGCUCCUGUCCAGCUAUCGGACAAGUCUGAGCCAUCGGCUGCGGACCCAAAAGACAAAGAAAAAGAAAACCCCGUCGCCGACCAUGAGAACCCCUCUGAGCCACGGUCCACCACCGAUUACACUCCCAUCGAGCUGUCAGAUAGGUCUCAGGCCUUACUUGUAAAAGAAAAUGAGCACCCCGUCGCCGCACCUGAAGAGGUCCAUGAGGAGAACCUCUCUGAACCUCAGUCCACCAUUGAUCACAAUCCCAUCGAGUUGUCGGAUAGGCCUAGGUCAUCUCUUGUAAAAGACUUCUCUGAGGUCCAAGAAGAGUCCUAUCCUGACCAGACCGUAUGGCGGUAUUUCGAUUUCGACGCCGAUACUCCUCCACUACCCAAUCAGCAUCAACUUGCAGAUCAGCCUCCUUCCGAAGAUUUGCCUAAGAAUACUGUUACACCCUCACCCUCACCUCAGAGCGCGCCCCUUACUAAACCUCCUGCCACCCUUGAUAUAUUUACCCCGCUCUUGGGAAACCCUCAGUCCACAUCCACGGACCAACAACUGGCAGAAAAUGGGGACUUCGUCGCCACGCCUGAAGAAGGUCAAGAGGAGACCCGUCCUGGACGAUCAGUCGAAAAAUUUACUCCCGGGACUGUGGAAAUGGACAUCGAUCCCGGGCCACCGCAAGCUGCACAGGGAAGCGGUGGGGUUUCCUACCUAGAUCUGGAUCACAAUUACGAUUAUGCGAAGGACGACGAGAAUAUUCUCGACGCCGCCUCUUCUCCUGACGAUGAUCAUGUGAAUAUGGACAUCGACGUUGAUAAUCCCGAACCACCGACUUCCUCCAAUCCUGGCGCUGGGUACCUCGAGCCUAGUAUCCGCCGCGACCAUCUCCGGACAGGAAGACAAGUGACCACCUCCAUCGCCCAGCCCCCGCCAUCCAAUGGUGGAAGAGUUCUCAAGGUCCCAACGGAAGUAGAGUUCGUCGACGAGACGGGUCGGGUCACUGUUAUGGAUUCAAGGCACGCAGAAGCUACCCGCUCAGAUGUUCUCCAAAAUAUGUGUGCCCUGGAGAAAGGGCGGGACAUCGCUCUGGCGGUGUUGCAGAUAAAGGGCACAAAAACCUUCGAGACCCGUUGCCUCAAGUGCAUCAAGAGCGGAAAAGGCCGGAAGAAGGAGAAAGGUAACUCUGACGCCUUCGCAGAUGACAUCGACAUCCUCGAGUGCGGAUGCGGUGCGGAUGCGGCGUUGAUACACCUGUGGCUGAGAAAGCAAGCUUUAACGACCUCCUCAAGCCGAAGCCGCCCUCUCCCUGACUGGGAUAUGAAGUGGACGUUUACACACAACGGCCUCCCCUACGUCCAACACGCCAUCGAGUCGACUUCGGGGUUGACUACCAGCAAUUUGUUUGAGCCUAAGCCACAACAACUUGCUGCUACCGCGGACUGGGUCAUAAAACAGCUCAAGGAGGAGGAUAAUUUGGGGGAAGAUUGCAGAGCUGCUCUGAGACGGUUCAGAGACGACCUGGAUAGGAUGGACCUUGACUGA